UAUACGCACAUUUUGCAUUAUACUUUGAAUUGAAUUAUAUUUCCGCACACACGAAUCAUAUAAAAAUGAACAAUCAAUGCCGAUCCUGUGGUUCGGCCAUCUACAACACCAAAGGCAGGAACUUGUUCCAGCGGCAGAACGCUGAACUGUUGUCGAACAUCGAUUUGGUGACUGGUGUCUCGCUCAAACAGGAUCGGCAGCUACCCAGCUGCAUUUGUACUUCUUGUGCGGAAUAUGUAAAUCGCUCAGUCGCAUUCCGAGCACGUUUCAUCCAGAAUCAGGAGAACUUUCUGCAACGUCGCAGGGAAGCUCGAGAUCCACAGAAUGAUUCCGACGACAAAACAUCUGAUGCUGAUCAGACAGCGCAGGAUGAUGACUUCCUGCUUGCUGCUCUGGACGAGCAGCUAAAAGGCAGAACUGAUUUCGACGAACCUGACGCUCAUGAGACGGCGCAGGUGGCCGAUUUGCUGAUUACAAGUCUGCAAAAGGAUCUAGGAUACGGCAACAAGAGCAGUGACACCGAAAACAUCGACGAGUCUACGAAACGCUUGAGUAAGAAGUCCACCACCAAGACCAAAUCCAAUCGAUCCACUCCUCUGACUUCUAUCAAUGUUGAUCAAUUGGCCAAAACGGUCAACGAGUCUCCGAAACGCUUGAGCAAGAAGUCCACCACCAAGUCCAAAUCCAAUCGAUCCACUCCUCUGACUUCCAUCAAUGUUGAUCAAUUGGCAAACAGCAAUCCGUUGCCAUUCGCAAAGAAGAAGCCAUUUGAAUGCGAUCAACCAUUCCCUCUAGGUUUUGCGGCAAAGACUUUAAGAAUCCCUCAAAGUUGACUCGCCACUUGCCAGCGCAUACGGGCGAGAGAGUGUCAGUACUGCGACCGAUCGUGCACGACUCGGGGAAACAACAUCCGGCAUGAGAGAACUCAUACAAGGGAAGGGGCCUUUCCCUGCGCCACUUGCGGCAUGUCCUUCUCCCAUGCUUUCGUGCUGAAGAAACAUAUUAAUAAGAACCAUACUGAAACGAGUGCGUAACUUUGAGUACAAAUAAUCCAUUCAUCCAUUUAGGCUUCAAAUACUUCUGACUUAAGUGUAUUGCGCCUUUAUUGAUGAAUCUUUUGUGGGGGUAACGACUUAUCUCCUGGCGACAUAUCUCCUCGCGGAGUUUAGC